UAAAGUUUAAACUAUAUUGACAAUGCGCUGCAUCAAAUGGAUAUUCGCAAUAUUGUUUGCAGAUAGCUUUUCGAAAAUUCACUGCGUAGGAAUCAAAUCAAAUAUACUUGGCCCUUUUCUGCCAAACAAACCAUUUAGUGUUACGUGGGAUGUUGCAAGUGAAAAAUGCGAAGAAAAAUAUGGCAUUUCGCUUUACCUGGACCAUUUUGGCAUUCGGCAUAACACUAAAAAUGGCUGGAAAGGUAAUGUUAUAUCGAUAUUUUACGAAAAUGACCUUGGUCUCUUUCCACACUUUAACGAUAGUGGACAACCCAUAAAUGGAGGUCUUCCACAAGAGAUCCCGUUAUUCGCUCAUUUGGAUAAAGUGAAAAAGGACGUUUACAGAGUGUUGCCGGAUCUAGAUUUUGAAGGUUUAGCAGUGAUUGACUGGAGAAGCUGGCUCCCUCUGUGGGAUCAAAUAUGUCAUGAUAAUAUGCAUAUGCACAUCUACAGAGACAAAUCUAUUCAAAAAGUCAAAGCAGAACAUCCCGAUUGGCAACAAUCGAAGAUAAUUUCUCAGACUAAAUCAGAAUAUGAAUCUGGUGCCAAAACACUCAUGAAAUUUACUCUUAGAUUGACAAAGAAAUUGCGGCCGAAAGCCAAGUGGGGCUUCUAUUUAUAUCCUGAUUGUUACAAUUAUGAUAGUGACGGUCACAAAAUUGAUUUAAGGUGUACAAAUUACACUAAAAAUCAAGAUGAUAAGCUCCAAUGGCUUUUUAACGAGAGCACAGCGCUCUAUCCAUCGGCCUACCUGACUAAAUGGUUUAAACAUAACUUAACGGCUUUGUACUUUGUUGCCUACCGUGUACUUGAAGCAGUUCGCGUAGACAGUAACAGACCAGAAGAUACAAGCAUUCCAAUAUUUCUGUAUCAUUCGGUGGCGUACCCAGAUACAAAGAAAUUUUUGAACCUUUUUGAUCUUAGAGACACCAUUGGAGUUGCUUCGUUAUUGGGAGCUUCUGGCGUCGUCAUCUGGGGAGGAUAUGAUAUCGCCAAUACUGCUGAGGAAUGUCAGAAUUUAGGCAAUUAUAUUUCAUCUAUUUUGGGACCUUUUGUACAAUUUAUCUCGGAUGCUGCUUCUAAAUGCAGUCACGAGCGAUGUAAUAACCACGAAAGAUGUGUAUUGUCACAUUUUCCUGGAUACAAAGAUAACCUUAAUGAACGAACCCAUCUCGAGGUUCAGGAGGUAGCAAAGACGAUGUCUACAUUAAACGAGGAUUUUUCUGAAACAUUUAAUUUGUCACUUCAAAAACCUGGACAUUAUCCACAUUAUAUAGUUUGCCAGUGUUAUGAAAAAUGGACUGGUUAUUUUUGCAAUGAAAUGCAUUAAUUGAUAUUCAAAUUCUAUAUGUGGCAAGUUACGUACCCAAUUAUUAUACGACCCAUUCGUUUCUACCUAAUUCCAAGGCUUCAAUCAAUUGAAAGAAACAAUUUAUACCUCUUGUAAAAACUGCUGGUUAAAGGUACUGCUUAUAUAUAUAACAUGAAUUUCGCCAAUUUUUGCCAAAGGAACAUUAUUAGACUAUUAUUUCGACUAGCAUCUCAAAUUUUAUCUAUAUACAUAUUAUUUUAUGGCAAAUUCGAUUAUACUCCUUUGCCAUUAAAAGUUUUUUAAUCAAUGUAAUUGACAAGUUGAUCCAAGAUGAACCAUUUCAUGAUAAAAAACGAUGAUAAAUAAAUAAAGC